AUGCGCUUCGUCGUUUUCGCUGCCAGCCUGCCCGGUGCAUUUGCUCUCUGGAACCAGGAGCUUUGUAAAGGCGCCGGUGCAUGCAUAGACAUAGGUGUCUUGGUCUCAUAUCCCUUUCGCUGUCCCGAUGGUAGCGCAAUCACGAGACCUUCCUUCGGGACGGAUUUGCAAAAAGCUGCUCUGGCCGGAGCUACUCGAAUUACCAAAGAAGAGUUUCCAAAGACGUGUUACGCGGGCAAAGUUCCCAGCGCGAAUGCCAUAUUUGUUCGCACCACGACGCGCAACGGUCAAACUGCCUAUACCUUCAUCGAAGAGGGUUGUACCGACCCGAACCCAAAGUUCCCUAAGGAUUGCUACCAUUACACAACCAACGCAUCUACAUACACAUUCUGCCAGCUAGUCGAUGCGAAAGGUGGACAGUGUACCGAGAACCUACAAGCCGGUAGGUGUGAGCGUUGGGGUGAUACAGCUGGCCGGACCGAGUGCAAAGAUUGGAAGAUUGGCCAGCCUGAUUUUCCCGAUGAUGAGUAG